AUGAUGAACCGCACGCCUUUAAUAACUUCCGUUAAUUCCGUUGAUGAAAUUCAUCUGUUAGUCGGGACACAUUCGUUCAAUUUGGGUCUUGCGCGCAUCAAAUCGAUUGUGGAGAGCGGUGCAUACGCAUUUGUCUUUGAGUCGGACGACGAAAAUAUUUCUGGAGCGAUCUAUAAGAGAUUCGGAACCAAUAAUAGGGUCAGAGUCUUGAACCGGAAAUUUGCUUUGAGUGAUCUCACCAGUCUGGGCCGUAAUGUUGUCGGCAGAGUAGUGGACCGCGUAUUCGUCAAUCUAUCGCCAGAAGAGAUGCUCAAGGCGCAGGACAUUUACGACCAAUGCAUUAAACUGAGAAUUCCAAUUUUGACAUUUCAGCGACCAGAAUUAUCCACAUUCCAUUUGGUGUCAACGUAUUCGGAUCCCGGCAACAGUGGACUCCAGAUUGCAGUGACUACAAACGGCCAAGGUUGUUUGCUGGCAAAUAGAAUUCGGCGCGAAAUAGUUGCCAAGUUACCGCAUAAUAUAUCCGACGUUGUCACGAACGUGGGCCACCUGAGAGACCGAAUAAUCAACGAGGAUCACGCCCAACUUGUGAAAAACCAUUUACUGAUACAAGACCUGCAGGAAACGGGCCAUGGAACUGAUGAGGAUGCUUGGGAGAGCCAGAAACUUAACAAACUUGUCCAAGAGUUCAAUAUGACCGAGAGGGAACAGAAACUGCGUAGGUCCAGAUGGCUUUCGCAAAUAAUUACUUACUACCCUCUGAGCCAGCUCGCAGAGCUGCGUAUAGAGGAGCUCGCCGAAGACUAUUCCAAGUUACCACCUAAUUCCUAUUGGACAGGACAAACUUCCAAAAGCGAUACCAAUGGAAAUUCUGAACUCAAUUUACCCUCAGAACUGUCCAAUAGUGCGAGCUCGGUCGUAAGCGCUGAUAAUCGACAUGUCAAUGUUACUACAGCUUCGAGAGGCAGACUUUCCCUUGUCGGCAGCGGGCCCGGGUCUGUUUCGAUGUUGACUUUGGGCGCGCUGCAUGAGAUAAAAACUGCAGAUUUCAUACUGGCUGACAAGCUUGUGCCCGAAACAAUUCUGGCCCUGAUUCCAAAAGGUACUGAAACUUUCAUUGCCCGCAAGUUCCCUGGGAAUGCAGAGAGAGCACAGGAGGAACUUCUUGAGAAGGGACUCGAGGCACUUGAAAUGGGCAAAAGAGUCGUUCGACUAAAGCAAGGCGACCCUUACAUUUUCGGACGAGGUGGUGAAGAGUACUUGUACUUUUCAAAACACGGCUAUGCUCCUCAGGUUCUUCCUGGGUUGAGUUCUGCUCUAACUUCAACAGUCGUGUCUAAGAUUCCUGCCACGCAGCGCGACGUUGCCGAUCAAGUAUUGGUGUGCACGGGCACAGGGCGCAAAGGAGCGCUACCUCAAAUUCCUGAGUAUAUCAAGUCAUGCACAAGCAUAUUCUUAAUGGCAUUGCACAGAUCUGAAGUUCUAGUGAAAGCGCUUUUUAAGAAAGAUUGGCCGCUAGACACACCUGCAGCGAUUAUCGAACGGGCUUCAUGUCCUGAUCAACGCAUUACUCGAACAAUUUUGAAACACGUUCCAGAAGUUAUCAACGAAAUAGGCUCUCGCCCACCGGGACUUUUGGUGCUCGGUGAUGCCGUUGGAGCGUUGGUUAAGUUUGAUACUAGUCGUUUCGCUCGCGACGGCGAAAAGAAGUACUUCAUUGAAGAAGGCUACGAAUACGAUCAGCAAGCUGAUCUGGACAACAUACUCCUAUCAGCCUAUGUCCAGGCCACGGGAGAAUGA